AUGGGAUCCAAAAACAGACGUGCCGCCCCAGCCGCCCCCGGCGAACUCAUCCCCAAACACCCUUCCGAGAUCACAGCCCACCCCAACAUUGUCCUCACAGGCAACAUCCUCACUCUCACAAUCGACUACUGCGCACCCGGCAGCCCGAUCGAAAAAUCCACCUCGAUGGAAUCUCUCCUCUCCAUCCUCCCCGACUACGCACCCUAUGUCAAGAUCCUGCAACUCAGCAUCCAUGCUGGAAUUCCCCACAUGGAACCUCCCAGCGUCUAUAUUUCUCAUGUUGCGGAUGUGAAAUCAAUUGUUGGGGUGGUUAAUAAGUUUAAGAAGUUGGAGCAAGUGAGAGUUAGGAUGUUGAUCGAUUAUUGCAGUUUCCCGCAGAUGAAGUUGGCGGCUGCGAUGUUUGGUUUGAGACAGGAUGUCCAGCGCAUUUUGCAGUAUGUGGUUAAGGGGGAGGGACCGGUCAAGGUGGAGCAGGAGGAUGAUACGAUGAGAAGAUUGAAUGGGGUUUGGAGAAAGGAGUUUUUGUGA